AUCGAGGUUGGCAAGCUGGGCUCUUUUCCUUCCAAUCUUCUUCUAGGUCGACCGUACUACCACACUUACGAGCUGCUCGAGCGGAAAGCGGGCGAGCUGUAUUCUAGACUGCGACUCGUGCCGCAGGCCGAACUGAAUGCAGAAGCCGGCAUUGGAGAUGCUGAGCCGGCAGAAUCAAGAGGCGAGCCGGCGACGCCAGAUGAUGGCGCGUUGCCCGAUGGAUACAAUCUCGCGGCGGAGGAUCCGACUGUGAAGACGAACCAGAUGACGAUUGACGAUGCAAGCCGGCAAACACUGUCGCAUGCCGAGAUUGAAGAGCUGAAGAAGUCUGCUGCUGGGAAAGAGGUCAUUGAGAAGAUCUUGGCAAGCCAUGUCGGGUUAGAUGAGAAGACGGUCUACUCCAAGGCGAAAUAUCUGCUGCGAAAGCGGCAGAAGUACUUGAAACGCUUCACAGUGCUACCAAUGGAUAUGGGGAACCUAAUCGAGUUUUUGCUGGAGAAGGAUGCUCCUCGGAUAAUGGAGAUGCGGGAAGAGUCGCUGGGUCUGGUGACUGCCUGGAGUAACGUGCAUCUCAGCGGUGCAGAUCCACUCGGUCUGGUUGGAGAGGAGCGCGACACACCUUGCGGGAGGUGGCUCGUAGUUGACGAUACUGGUGGCUUGGCGGUGGCAGCAUUGGCUGAGCGCAUGGCUAUCCUCCAUCCGCCACUCCCUAGGACGACAAAGUCCAACCCAGCUCCCGAGGCAGAGGAUUCCCACGACCAACCACAAGCUAAUGGCACCGCAAAGCCAAAGCAGCCACUACAUCGCGACUUUCCCAUGCCAGCUACUUCCAACAGCAUCACACUACUGCACGCAGCAGCACAGCCCAAUGCGUCGAUCCUGAAAUACUUUGGCUACGACACGAGUAAUCCGACGAUCGCAAGUCAAGAAGAAGAGCAUCCACUCCACACCCACUUGAAACCACUCUCAUGGCUCCAGCUCCUACAUCCGGAAGAAGAUCCAAUCUACGUCGAGCCCGAGCGAGUGAGCGAUGAAGCACUGGCGACCUGGAAAUCCGGCAAGCGAGGCACUUACUACAAGAAGCGGCGAAGGUGGGAACGCUGCAAAGCAAUAGUCGACGAGACACGCUCCGGUGGCUUCGACGGCCUGGUAAUCGCCACACAUAUGGACCACACAGAAAUCCUCGAAAACCUCGUCCCACUCAUCCGCGGUGGAGGACAUGUUGUAAUCUACAGCCCUACCAUCGAGCCGCUUGUCAACACCAUCGACUUGUUCUCCAAAGAUCGCCGCACAGCGUACAUCAACCACCUCAGCAAGGGAGAGGUACCCGAGAAGGAGGAUUUCCCGAUCGACCCUAGAAUGCUCCUCGCUGCGAGCAUCCAAACAAGUAGAAUCCGCGAUUGGCAAGUUCUACCUGGCCGCACACAUCCGCUUAUGACUGGUCGAGGUGGUGCGGAAGGCUAUAUCUUCACGGCGAGGAGGGCUAUACCUCUCGAAGGCACUGUGGAGGCGAAAGGAAAUUUCUCCAAGAAGCGGAAAAUUGCCGCCGUUCAGGAUGGAGGGAGUGGUGGAGAAGGCUGCUGA